AUGUCUCGUGGCACGCGGCAGAGGUUGUGUAGGCGCCAGUCCGAGGAGCGCGAAGUUGACCGUGCGCUCUGGGGCCUUAACUCGCUUUUCACUCAUCAGCCGCAGCCCCGCGACCGCGCCUCCCCGGGCAAGGGGCCCGAGCGGGGCGCCGAGUGCGGAUCAUAUCAUCUUUUUUCUGCUGGUCAGGCCGGCGUGCUGGAUCGCGUCCGACGCGCCGUGCGCGACCUUGGCCCUCCACCUGUGGGGGCCUCCCCCGCUGAAGCUCUCAGGAAGCUUCGCGUGGCGAGCUGGUACGACGUGGACAGUACUACGCUCGGUCGCUACUCUCUCGCCGACGUCUCACUGCCUUCAGGCGACGUCAGGCCUGUGCCUGUGUCUGAGCUUUGGGUCGAAGGCGGGUGCCAAAUGGUAGAGGACUUCUGCCGCUUGAAUGUCGUUCCGCCGGAACAGUCGCGAGCCCGACUCCGCUCGUCAGGUGUGGUCACUCCCUACUCCGAUCCCAAGCUUAGACACCCUCGAGCCUUUGAGGAAUUCAUGUCGGCGUUGGCCGCACGCGGAAUGCUUGAUUUCUCGCUCGAGGAUGGCGAGCGAGUGGAGCCGUUUUUUGUGACCAAAAAGAAUGGCAAGCUCAGGCUUGUCGUAGUUUGCAGGCGUUCAAACUGUCAUUUCACUGAGGCCGGUGGGGUCUCGCUCUGCACUGGUGAAGGGCUUUCCGCCAUCGAGCUGGGAGCCGACGAGGAUAUCUUCGUUGGUGGUGCGGAUUUGAGUGAUGCGUUUUACCACAUGGGGCUUCCCAAACCCCUUAGAAAGUAUUUCACUUUUCGGCCCGUGCGGGCCGCGUCUGUAGGGUGCACAGAGAUUGGGGGUCGAGCUGUGGCUGCACACGAGAAGGUUUACCCUAGGCUCGCUGUCAUUCCCAUGGGAUGGUCUUGGGCUUUAUGGAUGUGCCAGAAGAUACACGAGAGGAUAGUGGAGGCAGAUGGCUCGGACCCCAAGUUUAGGAUCACCGACAAGACGUGCCCCCCAGACCUCAGCCAGCCGUGCCACACGCAGUAUGUGGACAACUACAUUGCGAUCUCGACCAACCGGGACAACGUGAAAAAGUCGGUGUCGUCUGCCAUCACCGCUCUGGAAAGGUCCGCCGAGGAGGCCGCCCCUUGGAUGCGCGGCCCCGACGACACCCAGGAACCUGCUCGUUGUGAUCUUGAUGCUGGGGCCCCCGGGGACAUCUACGGGUUUGGGCGUCUACCCCGAGCCGAUGAUUUUCCUGAAGUUCCCAGGGAAAUGAUUGAGCAGGAUUGGAGGGUGGUGGGCCGUUUCGAGUGGCGGAAGAAGGGCGAGAGCAUCCCGGUCCUGGAGGCCCGCGCUACCCUGUACGGCUACAGGCAUCUUCUGCGUAGUCGUCGGAAUCAUGGUAAACGUCUCGUUGUUUUGGGAGAUUCGAUGAGUGUGGCGGGAGCGGUGUCUAAGAGCCGCAGUGGGAGCCGUGCGAUGCUGCACGUGACGCAGAGCAUCGCCGCCCUCUCCCUGGCGACAGGCCCCUCUCUCCACUACCGCUGGCUCCCCUCGGAGUGGAACGCAGCCGACGGUCCCUCAAGGGGACGUUGGCGACCCACAGCGCCCUCGGCGCUCGCCCCGCGCGAUGCUCGCGCGCGCGGCCCCAGUGCCCGCCAGCGCGGGGGCGCUGGUGCAGCUGCUGCCGACGGGACUGCUGGCUCGCGGACCCCAGGCGGAUGUGGCCGCUCCGCUGGCGCUGGGCGGGCCGCCGCGCACGGCGUCGGCGCCGACCUCGAGCCGGCCUACGUCGUCAGCAUGUCUCCGAGUGCCGGCAGCGCGGCAGCAGCGUCUCGUGCGGCGGCGACCGGCCGCCUCAGCCGCCCCCCCGGGCUCGGUCGGGCCCAUGCGCCGCAAGGUGAGCCAGCGAGCUUCGCGGGCUGCGGCUCGGCGGUCCACAGCAGCGCGGCUGCCGGGUAUGACGGUGCUGGAGGCGGCGUCCAUCAAGCCGAGGACGCGGGACCGCUACCAGGAGAUCUUCGCCGACUUCCUGGCGUGGGCGAACGGCCGUCGGCUGACGACCGAGGACCUUGUGGACCAGGCGAUCGCGGAGUGGCUGGACGACCUCUACCUAGGCGGCGAGGACCUGAGUGCAGGGUCCCGGGCGCAUGCGGCGGUGACUUUCUUCACCGGCCUGAACAAGACGUCGGGCGCACUGAUGCCUCGGUCGCGCCGCGCCCUCCAGGGCUUUCGCAAGCUCGCACCACCGCGAUCUCGAUUGCCGAUGCCCUACAUGGUAGUGGCGAUGGUGGUGAUGGAGCUCCUGGGCCGACGGCGCUACCAGAGUGCGCUCGCCGUCCUUCUCAUCUUCGAGCUGUGCCUGAGGCCCGGAGAGGCGUUCCACAUCAGGGCGGUGGACCUCGUCCCGCCCGUGGCGAGGGUCAGCGGAGCGUCCCACUGGUGCGUGACUCCCCAUGCCGCCGAGACCGAGAGGGAGUCCAAGACCGGCGAGUUCGACGAGAGCCUGUCUCUGGAUCUCGGCCGGCAGUCCUUCAUCGGGCCCGCGCUCGACCUGAUGCUGACGCGCCAGCUGGGCGCGGACUGGCGGCGCGCAGAGCAGAGGCACGUCGGCUCCGGCCUGCACCUGGCGGCGACGCUGUUCACCGUGACGCUCGACGAGGUGACGAGGGACUUCAAGGGGGCCGUCGAAACGCUGGGGGUGGACACCGCGCUGGGCGCCGCCCACAUGUACAUGCUGCGGCACGGCGGCGCCUCGCACGACUACGCCUCGGGCUGCCGCCGCUUGGAGGACGUGCGCCGUCGCGGGCGCCGGCGUUCGUGGUCCUCGGUCCGGCGCUGCGAGAAGGGGAGCAGGUUGGGUCAAGUCGUUCACAAGCUCGGGCCGGUGCUCCAGGCCCACGGCAAACUCUGCGUCGAGCUGCUGAGCGAGGUGGUGUCUGGCCGGCGUUGUCCUGUACCAUUCGCCUCCGGCAGCGUGUCUUCGUCGAAGUCUUCUCGGGCAGCGGCCACCUCUCGUGA